AUCAUUGUGAAUGUCAGUGUUUGUUUAUAUUUUGGUCUCGUCUCGGGACUCGGGACUUCAGGAGUCGGGACGCUAAUGGGUGAUAGGUGACGGGUGAUUGGUGGCGGCUCAUCCCGGCACCACACACACACACACGUUUAAAGAGGUGCAUGAGGCAGUAAGAUGUUGGUGCCGGUGUUCACCCUCGACCUGAAGCAGAAGAUCCUCCCAGGCCGAGUGUGCAUUGGCAAGUAUGACAGUGCCCACGCCUGCCUCACUGCCUCCACCACGGCCGACAAGGUGUUCAUCCACAACCCACACCAGCGCCUGGGCACUUCAGGGGGCCGGAUGUCCCUCAGCCAGAGCAGUGCUGAGAUCUCUCUCCUCAACAUCAACCAAACUGUGUCAGCCAUCACUGCCGGCGUGCUGACUCAGGCUCGGCACGGCGACACUCUGGUGGUGGGCACACCAACCAAUGUGCUCGCCUAUGACGUACAGAACAACGCUGAUGUCUUCUAUAAAGAUGUCUCAGAUGGUGCUAAUGCCAUUGCCAUCGGUCGCCUUGGCCACCACCUGUCCCCCAUGGCUCUCAUUGGUGGGAACUGCUCCAUCCAUGGGUUUGACAGUGAGGGGAAUGACCCAUUCUGGACUGUGACAGGAGAUAAUGUCACCUCCCUCACACUGACUGAUUUUGAUGGUGAUGAAGAAAAUGAGCUGUUGGUUGGCUCAGAGGACUUUGACAUUCGUGUCUUCAAGAAUGAGGAGAUAAUGUUUGAGAUCUCGGAGACAGAGGCAGUGACAGCCCUGUGCCCCAUGCAGGGAUCUCGCUUUGGCUAUGCCCUGGCAAAUGGCACAGUGGGGGUGUAUGAGAAGCUGGCCAGAUGGUGGAGGAUCAAGUCCAAGAACCAGGCCAUUGCCAUCUACAGCUAUGACCUGGAUGGUGACGGUGUCCCUGAGCUCAUAACAGGAUGGAGCAAUGGCAAGAUUGAUGCAAGGAAUGACCGGAGUGGAGAAGUGAUGUUCAAGGACAACUUUCAGUCUACUGUGGCAGGGAUUGUGGAGGGGGACUAUCGCAUGGAUGGCAAGAAUCAGCUGAUCGCCUGCUCUGUGGAUGGAGAAGUCCGGGGCUACAAGGCAUCCACCGCUGAGACCCGCUAUUCCAUGAUGGACGUGAACAUUGAGCAGGAGACCAUCAGGGAGCUGAGCCAGCGACGCCACACCCUCCUGCUGGAACUGAAGAACUAUGAGGAGAAUCAGCGCAUGGGUUCCUCAGGGGAAAUUGUGUAUGGCAAACCCUCCACUGCCGGAGACCAAGUGGGCAUCAUCCCGGCCAACACUCAGCUGCAGACUGGACUGGCCAUCAACAUGGGGAAUGAAGAAAAGAAUAAACCACCCCAUGUUGAGAUUGCCCUGGCCACCACCAAUGACACUGUGAUCCGAGCCGUCAUCAUAUUUGCUGAGGGAAUCUUUGAGGGCGAGAGUCACGUGUACCACCCUCGGGAGUCAAUCCUGACCAGCAACAUCAGGAUCCCACUUUACCCCCCAAAGGAUGUUCCUGUUGACCUGCACAUCAAGGCCAUGGUGGGCUACAAGGCAUCCCUGCACUACCACGUGUUUGAGUUGACCCGCCAGCUGCCGCGCUUUUCCAUGUACGCCCUCUGCACUGUGGCCGUCACCCCCCCACAAGGAUAUGUCAAGUUUAAGCUGCCUGAGAGGGUAGCAAGGAUUGUUAUGUGGGUGAAUUCCAACUUCCUGCUCCUGGAAGACCUGCAGCUGGAUGAAGACGGCGCCCUGGACGUGUCUUUCCUGUCCCUCCGCACCAGCAUGCCACUCCUUAUCCAGGCCAACAAUCAGUGCGAAAUGACCAUCCGCACAGACGACAUGGAGCUGGCCAGCGACCUCAUCCAGGCGUUGGCUAACUACCUCAAUCUUGAAGACCUCCAGGUUGAGGCAGACUUCCCCUCAGAGUUGGACCAGCUUGCCUCCCUACUGGAGCGUGUAGAGGAGUACCACGCCACCCGCCAGCGUCUGUCUGCUGAGAUGGCAGACCACUCGGGGGUGAUUCGCACACUGGUGGUGAGGGCUGAGGACGCCAGGCUCAUGUCAGAUAUGGAGAGCAUGCGUCACUGGUACCGGGAGCUGUACAACCUGAACAAGGACCUCAUCAGUGGCUACAAGAUCCGCUGUAAUAACCACCAGGAGCUGCUCAAUUGCCUCAAGCAAGUAAACCAGACCAUUCAGAAAGCUGGCCGGCUGAGAGCUGGGAAAUCCAAAACAGCAGUGAUAAGUGCAUGUAGACAAGCAAUUAAAAGUAAUAAUGUUAGUGCCCUUGCAAAAAUUAUAAGAACUGGCUCAUCUUAAAAUAGAAAACAGCCAAAGCACUGAAUAUAUAACAGAGACAGUGCCUUUGCUGUGAAACCAUCUCUGUCUCAAUGAUUCUGAUAAGAAAUCUGGUAGUUCAAUCACUUUUGCACAUUUUUACUUUAGUGUACAGUUAAGGAAGCACACUGUGAUAACUGUAACAAAACUAGUCAUUAGUACAAACAUGCAGCACAGGCCUGGUGUGAGGCAUCUUUUGUGUUGCACCAACAUACCAGCAAAUUUUAAACAAGCAAAUCCAGAUUAAUGCAACAGAAAUUAUCUAAAAUUGUCAAGCCAUUCAGCUUGGCCAACUGUUUUAGACAAUGAUUGAAUUGGUCUACUUCCUGGGAUAUGACCGACAUGCAUAAUUCCACUCUGGAGAUGUGUAUGUACAUGACAGACAUUAGCAGUUAUCUGUUGAUAUGAUCUAAAUUUGCCCAAAGAUCCAGAGAAUUGCUAAUCUAAGAAGUAGAUGUAGGCAGUGUUAAUGAUUUAAUAAAACUUGAGAGAAAAAAAAUAGAAAAAUGUGUAGUGUAAGCCAUUAUAACAUGUUGCUGUUAGCACAUUCAGCAUACUAUAUAAUAGAUUUCUCCCUAAUUUCAUAGUAAUUUUUGUUAUUGUACUUUAGUGUGAUGCAUCCAGGAAUUAUGUUUCUCUUUUAGGGGAAUGUAUUACAGGUUCAGGAGCACCACAUUGAGUAUUUAGUGAACAAACUCACUUUCGGAGCAGCUCAACAAUAGGGAAGCCAUCAAGGAAAACCAUAGACACCAACAUAAUUAUAAGGAAGCAUUUGAUUUAACAUGCAUUCCUCAGUUAUGCCUUUGUCCCUGGUGGUAUUUGUUGUCAAAUCCAUACCAGCCAGUAAUAUUUAAGGGUUCACAACCCACAUUACCCUGAAAUUACAGAUUUCAAGCAAUGAAUCUUAUCUUGAAACAGGCCAUGAGAGGCAAACAUACACCCAAGCUGCUGCUCUGAGUUUAGAUCCCUGUUCUGCCAAACAUUUGGUUACUACUACAGCUGACUUCAUCAGCUUUGUCUACUGCAUUACUACAUCAACAACACAUGAUGAUUAAUGACAUAUCUAUACAGAUGAACUGUGACUCCUGCUCUCAAUCCCUGUCUGUACUGAUUUUCUUUUUCCAUCCACUUUAUCAAUACUCAAUUCUUUGAGAAAUUUACAUCAUCCCCCUCCACUGUGGUGGGGUGACAGCCUGGCCACACAUUCUGUGGCUGGCUUAGAAAAAUCCUGCUACCAUGUACGUCAUGGUUCUUGGAAAACUGAACUAUCCUCUCCUGUGUGCUCUAACUAAAAUAGGAGCAAACACAUUCCGUCCAUUAAGUUGCCUUGUACAACACACAGGGAAUAUGGAGACACACACUAUACCCUGUGUCUGCAGGCUGGCUGUAUGUUAAUCUCCCUGUCUGGCUGCACCACUGUUACUGUAGACCACAGUGUUGUGGCAUUGGGAUUGCACAAAUAUAUAUAUAUAUAUAUAUAUAUAUAUAUAUAUAUAU